GUCGCGGCGACGAGUGACAACUGUGGUCACGAGUCGGAUAACUUCCGGUCUCUUACCGGAAGCUGGUUUGUUACUGGCACUUGAAUUUUAUCGCUAACAUCAACGAAAUCAGUCUUCCAAAACGGGCUGCGAGAUCUGCUGUGUGACCUCCAGCUGGCUUGAAAGAGGCGGAGUUCACAGUCACCAUCUGCUCAGAGUGCUUGUCAUUUUACAACACGCAAUGAGUCAAAAAAGCAUUUCCUCCCCCAGCUGACAGUGCGGGCGACAUUGAAAUGGAUCGGUAACUUGAAACAUCUUAAACCUGAACCUCAACAUUUCAUCGGUCAGGGACGAACAGAGCUGCAGCCAUGGUGCGGGAAUACCAGUCUCCUGUUCGGGUCUACAAACAUCCAUUUGAGUUAAUAAUGGCAGCCUACAACAAGAGAUUCCCAAAGUGUCCCCUGAUCCCAGUUUUUGUAGACAGCGAGAUCAUCAGUGAGAGCCAAAGUCAGGAUGGCUCCACAUUGGUGAUCGAGAGGCGCUGCUGGAUUGACAUUGAUGCACCCAAGCUCCUCAAACGGAUUGCUGGGAUAGACUACCUGUAUUUCAUCCAGAAGAACACACUGAACCGCAGAGAGCGGACUCUCCUCAUUGAGGUCCAGAAUGAAACUUUUUCCACCAGGGUCGUUUCCUGUGAGUGUUGCAGAUAUACGGUUCAUCCUGAGAAUGAAGACUGGACAUGUUUUGAACAGACGGCUAGCCUUGAUGUUAAAUCCUUUUUCGGCUUUGAAGGCAUGGCAGAGAAGAUAGCGAUGAAACAGUAUGCUAGUAGCAUAGAAAAGGGUAAAGAAAUUAUCCAGUUUCACCUCUCGGAACUGGAAAAAGAGGGCAUAACGUACAUACCCCGUUGGGCUCCACCAUCUUCUACCCAAGACAUCCCUGAUGUCAAAAGUGCGCUGCAUGCCUCUGAUGUGGACCACCCUACAGAAAUGUUGACUCCCUCUCCUGAUGGACCAUCAUCAGAUCAACAUGAUGCAAAAGACAAGUUGGAUGCUGAUUACAUCAGACGUUACCUAGGUGAUUUAACGCCUCUGCAGGAAAGCUGUCUUGUUCGGCUGCGGCAGUGGCUCCAGGAAACCCACAAGGGCAAGAUUCCAAAGGAUCAGCACGUGCUGCGCUUUCUUACAGCGACAGAUUUCAACUUUGACAAGGCUCGGGAGCUCCUGUGCCAGUCACUCACAUGGAGGAAGCAGCACCAAGUGGAUUUCCUAUUGGACUCAUGGCAGCGUCCUCAACUUCUCCAAGACUACUACACUGGAGGCUGGCACCACAAUGAUCGAGAUGGCCGGCCUCUGUAUAUAUUACGUUUGGGUCACAUGGAUACAAAGGGUUUAAUGCGUGCCUUAACAGAAGAGGUGUUGGUCCGACAGGUUGUUGCCAUCAAUGAGGAGGGACUGAGGCGCUGUGAGGAGAACACGACAGUCUUCGGUCGCCCAAUUAGUUGCUGGACAUGCCUGGUGGAUCUGGAGGGUCUGAACAUGCGUCACCUGUGGAGACCUGGGCUGAAGGCUCUACUGAGAAUCAUCGAAGUAGUGGAGGCCAACUACCCUGAGACUCUGGGCCGCCUGCUCAUGCUGAAAGCACCCAGGGUAUUUCCCGUGCUCUGGACCCUGGUCAGCCCACUGAUCAACGAAAACACACGUAAGAAGUUCCUUGUCUAUGCUGCAAAUGACUACCAGGGUCCAGGAGGUCUGGUGAACUACAUUGACCAGGCGUUUAUCCCUGACUUCUUGGGAGGGGGCUGCGUGUGUGAAAUCCCUGAGGGAGGUUUAGUCCCCAAGUCUUUGUACAGGGCAGCAGAGGAGCUGGAGAUGGAAGACAACCGAUUAUUGACAGAUUCCAUAUAUAAAAUUGCUAGUAUUUUCAAGGGAGCUCCAUAUGAGAUUUUAAUUGAGAUCAUGGAUGCGUCCUCUGUCAUUACCUGGGACUUUGAUGUGUCUAAAGGGGAUGUGCUCUUCAACAUCUACCAUUCAAAGAGGGCACCACAGACCCCAAAGAAAGACACGACUGGAGCCCAUAAUUUUUCUACCUCUGGGAUUGGCAGUUUGCAGCUGAUAGACAAGAGCUGGGUGCUGGGCCUAGACUACAGCCUGGUGGAGAAGUCCCUCACCUGCAGAGAGGGGGAGAGCAUACAGGGGUCUCACAUCACUCGCUGGCCUGGAUGCUACAUUCUCCAGUGGUGCUUUCACAGCUCCCCGGCUGCCUCGGCCUCCAGCCUGUCUUAUGUGGAUGACGUGCUGGCCUCUCUGCAGGUCUCCUCCCACAAGUGUAAAAUCAUGUACUAUACUGAGGUGCUGGCUUCCCAAGACAUCAGGGGAUCCUUGACCAGCCUGGAGUCCAGUAAUAGUGGCUUCUCUCAGCUCAGUGGAUCCACUACUCUUUCUAGCCAAUCACACGCCGGCUCAACUGUCUCAAGGUGGGAGAAGCAGUGUGGGUGUCUGCGGAAUAAAGAACAGAGAUGUGCGUGAGAGCAAAGGCAGCGAUAGACAGCAGAUAAAGGUGCCAAGGUGGUAUUAGCGAUGAAGAGAGCUCGGCGAUCAAGGUAUUCCAAUAGAAUCGGCACCUAAAAUGCACAGCCAAAAACACGGAAAAAUAGCCACAAAUGAAUCAUUGGACUAUUCUUCUAUCGGUGGAAUGAGCUGAAAUAAGUCAUCUGGAGAAGGAAACCAUCAAACCUAAGACAGCUGGAGAAGUGGCAAGGAGUGGAGUAUCAUACCUGUCGACAGCAGCGCUUUCCCGACGGAAGGAGCUGGAAGAGCUGGUGGCCAGGAUGUGGAGGGUCAGAAAAGAUUCUGCCUGCUCUGGACCUAGUUCAAGUUGCAUGAUGGGGGAGAACAUGGAGAACAUGCAGACAACGGGAGAACAUGCAAACUCCACACAAGCAGGGUCAGGAUUUGAACGCCGGUCCUUAGAACUGUGUGGCAGAUGUGCUAACCAGUCAUCCACUGUGCUGCGCCCUUUCAUUCAUUGAAGUUAGUCUGGUGUCAGGAGAAAGGACCGCCGAUGGGGAGACAACCGAGCAGUGAAUGGAAACCAAUUUGUGGGAAAUUUGACCUGACUACGGCGCAACCGAAUGACCUUGAGAAGGAUGGAGAAAAGGUAACCAAAGAA